UCAAGGUUACUUCCUGUGUAAGCAAUUAGAAAUGCAAUAUUGAUCUCUUAUCAACCUCUAUGAUCAGAAGUGUUUACUCUGUGAAUUUGGGGAGCUAAUGGGGAAGUUUUGUGGGUGCAAACUCCAUGCUCUGCUCAUUGGGCUUAUCUGUGCAAUUUGCAUAGAAAUUUCAUUUUGCAGAGCAGAUACAGAGGUGGGUUGUUUGAAAGUAGAGAGAGAAGCACUUAUCAGAUUCAGAGAUGGCCUUAACGACCCCGAGAAUCGGCUUUCUUCUUGGCAAGGACCCGAUUGUUGCAGAUGGAGAGGAUUGAGCUGUGAUAAUCGAUCAGGAAAUGUCAUCAAACUUGACCUUCGUAACCCAUAUCCAAACGAUGCUGAAACUCACGGGUUUUGGAACUUGAGUGGGCAGGUAAAUUCUUCAUUACUGGAACUGAAAUUUCUUAGACAUUUGGAUUUGAGUCUUAACACAUUUGAAGACAUCCCCAUACCAGAAUUCAUUGGUUCUUUAAGAGAAUUGGGGUACUUAAAAUCUUUCUUGGAUAGCUUUGAGUGGAUUGGAGGUCUUUCUAGCCUUAAUCAACUUCUGAUGAGUGGGAUGGACCUUUCAAUUGUGGACAAGGACUCGGUAAAAUUCAUCAGCAGGCUUCCCCAUCUUAUUGAGUUACAGUUAUCAGGUUGUAACCCAACUGACAUAAACCAGGCUCUACCCAUCCUUAAUUUGACCUCUCUUAACAUCCUUGAUCUUAGUUUAAACAGCUUGAAUUCAAAGAUACCAAUUUGGUUGGGCAAUAUUAGUGGACUUGUAUCAUUAAAUAUCAGUAGUAGUGGUUUGUUUGGUCCCAUUCCAGGUGGAUUAUCUGAACUUCCACAUUUAGAAGAGCUAAAUCUAGCUCUUAAUAACAAUCUUACUGCUGAUUCUUCUGAGCUUUUGAGAGGAACCUGGGGAAAGAUUGUAACUCUGAAUCUUGCGUCAAAUUUAGUGUAUGGAAGCAACCCCAACGAAUCGAUUGAGACUCUGGUGGAUCUUGAGGUGAGCCAUAAUAAGCUGCAAGGCCAAAUUCCCUUAUCUAUGGGGAGAUUGACAGCCCUAGAAACUUUGGGGCUUGGUGGGAAUGACCUUAAUGGUUAUGUGCCAUCUAGUUUGGGGCAGCUUUCCAAGCUGGCUGUUUUGGAUAUCUCUUCAAAUCAUUUAACAGGCUUAAUUUCUGAAACCCAUUUUAGAGACCUACUCAACCUGAAAAUAUUGGACAUGUCUUCCAAUUCAUUGGUUUUCAAUUUGAGCUUAAAGUGGGUGCCUCCAUUUCGUGUUACAAAGCUUAACAUGAGAUCGCGCAAUUUGGGUAGCCAGUUUCCAAAUUGGGUUAAAAACCAAAGAGAGGUCAUGUACUUGGAUCUUUCGAACACCAGCAUUUUUUAUACAAUUCCCAACUGGUUUUGGGAUAUUUCUACAAAUCUUUCUCUGUUGAACCUUUCAAACAACCAGAUUGAAGGGCAGCUGCCAAACCCCUUCAUGAUCCAUGCAUUUGCAGAUGUUGAUCUGAGCUUUAACCUUUUUGAAGGUCUCAUUCCUAUCCCAUCAUCGGAUCUUACAAUGUUUGACCUCUCUAGCAAUCAUUUCCAUGGUCCAAUCCCCUCUAGCAUUGGAGAAUCAGCGCCUAGUAAUAUUUUCCUCUCCCUCUCUAACAAUCGUAUUACAGGCCCCAUUCCAAUGUCUAUUGGUGGCAUGAUGUAUCUUCAAGUUCUUGAUCUUUCACGGUAUAAUUUGACAGUCCAGCUUAAAAGUUUGCACCUGGAUGCUAACAAUCUUUCAAGGGGUUUCCCUUUACCAUUGAAGAAUUGUUCUGCUUUGGAAACUCUAGAUCUUGGCAAAAAUAAGUUUUCAGGAAGUAUUCCAUCAUGGAUAGAACAGAGCAUUACAGGCCUAAGAAUACUGCGCUUGAGAUUGAACAUGUUUACGGGAGAAACCCCCCCAGAACUCUUCUUUCUAAGUUCUCUUCAGGUCUUCGAUCUUGCUGACAACAAACUCUCAGGCAGCAUUCCUUCAAGUAUUGGAAAUCUCAAGGCCAGUAUGCAAACACAGAGGAGCAACCAUUAUCUCUUGUAUGGGCGGUACAGGGGAGUCUACUAUGAGGAGAGCUUAUUUGUGUCUAUGAAAGGGGAAUCACUCGAAUAUAACCGGACUCUUUCCCUUGUAACAAGCAUUGAUCUUUCUCGCAAUGGUUUAACAGGUGAGAUUCCUGAAGACCUACUGAACUUGAGGGGACUUCUUGUUCUAAACUUAUCUGGGAAUCUCUUAACUGGUAAGCUGCCUGAAAAGAUAACAUAUUUGCGAGGUUUGAUGUCCUUGGAUGUCUCAGAAAAUGGACUUUCAGGUGUCAUACCACCUGGGAUGGUAAGAUUGACUUCUUUGAGCUAUUUGAACUUAUCAUUUAACAACUUCUCAGGGGAAGUCCCCAGUGGAGGUCAACUAACAACUUUUGAAGAAUCAUCCUUUGCUGAGAAUCCAAAUUUAUGUGUACCUUGGGUUCAAAUAACUUGCAAAUUCAAUGUUCCAUCUAACCAUCCCAUUGGUGAACAAGAAACUGUUGAAAAUCCAUGGUUUGGUCUGAGUGUAGACCUGGGGUUUGGUUUUGGUUUCUUGGGAGUUUAUGUAGUUUUGUUGAUCAGAAGGCCAUGGAGUGAUGCUUACUUUCGGUUCAUGGAUAAAGUUAUUGGAUUAUGCUUCUUCUUAGUAGUAAAUAUAUACAAAUCAAGUUAUUUAAUCAACAUAAUAUAUGUCAAGAAAACCUACCAAGAUGGACUUCCUAUGAUAUUUCCUAUUGUUCAUCGUAUUAUGUAAUCGAGGAUUCUAAAUAACUGAAAGCAUAGGUCAAGGCAUAUGGCUAUUUAAAAACCAGUGCAUGAAUAAAUGACAGUUUUAUCCCAAGUUUAUAAAUACCUUCAAGACUCAAUAUUUUUCCUUUUUAUCAAAAAGCUAUUGACUUGGUAUAUAUAUUUUCACAAGCAAUAGUUAGAUAAUAAUAUGGCAGAUUAGAAUGAUUUUUCAUGAGGGUUUUCUCAAAACCAUAUUCAUAGACUUAGGUUUCUCUCAAAUUUAAUUAUUAAAAAUACAUACUUA